AUGAAUUCACAAGUAGUGUUGUUUGCAGCAAUGGUGUUCUCGUCGUCACUAAUUAUUUGCUUGAGUCCAAAAGUCAUUACUUCUCUAAAAGUAGUCAAGAGGAUAUUCCCUUUUCUGACUCUUCUAACAGCAGGAUUUCUUCUUGGUGUUCAGCUUCUGGAGCUGAGUCCACACAUGGUCUCCGACUGCCAUGGAGGCAAAGAACAUGACCACAACCAUGGCCACCAUUCCCAUGAGUCUCCCAUUCUUGGAUUCUUCACUGCCGGCCUUUCCUUUAUCUUUCUUUUGGCCAUUGACUCUAUUGUUUUAAAACACAAGCACUGUGAGGAAAAUGAAAAGAAGGAACAUGCCCAUGGGGGCGGGUGCCAUGGAAAAGAUAUCCAUCACGUAGUAGAUGCGAAAAAAAACAUCAAGUCUCCUCAAAUUUCUGCAAAAGCCUCGAGUGCCCAUGACUCCAAAAAAGAGGGGGAGAGACUAGGAUGUUGCGAUCCUAGUGAAGCUAUAAAGAAUACAUCUUCGAAGACACAAGUAUUUAUAUACAUACUAGGAAUUUCCAUCCAUUCGUUCUUCGAGGGACUGGCAUUCAACUCUAUUGACAAGAUAGGCUCGAUGGAGAUGGGGCUCAUUCUACACAAAAUCCUUGAGUCCUUUGCCCUUGGAGUUCCCUUGUUCACUUCAGGAUUUAACUUUUCAAGCGGCUUGAUUCUCGCUGUGUUCUACUCGUCCCUCACACCCAUCGGGAUCAUGAUAGGCUCUGCUCCUGGGUUCUUCAACCAGACUAUCAGAGGUAUCUUCAAAGGACUUGCUCUGGGAAGCAUAAUGUUCAUGGUGUCUAUUGAAAUGAUUCCACCGAUGUUCAACCAUCCAAAGGUAAACAGGAUCCAUGGGAUACUGACCCUUCUGGCAGGUUAUCUAACCAGUGCUGCUGUAAUUCAUUGUUCUCAUCCCCAUUAA